AUGCCGGAAUUAUUUACUCUGCAGUCAGCGAUACAUAACCGGAAAAAUUCCAGCUUUCGACAAUCGUCUAAGCUUCUCAAUUAUAAUCAGUCUACAAAGAGACCAUCAAAAAAUACAUACCAAGAACGAACUGAGAUAUACUAUGUGCCUGAAACGACGAAGAAUGGACCCAUAUAUAACAAACAACCACAUAAAUCACCUACACCAUCGGUACACAGCGAUGAUCUAAUACCAGAUGAUGAGCCAGGUCUGUAUCAUUUACCAACUUCGAACCGAGCUAAUCGACCGACAGCAAGAAAAAUUUAUUAUAAACCUCUCCGGUAUGAACCAAAGUAUGUGGCACCACGGAAUAAACCACUUACGCCUCCAGUUCGAAAGGCAAAUCCUGCACCAGCACCACCGUUAACAAAAUCUACGCGAACAUCGACACCGCCGAUGAGAAAGUCGACUCCACCGUCGCCAUUGCCAGUUACUCAGUCCUAUCCGACACCCUCGCCGUCGCCACCGACUGUGACUAGCUAUCAACCAUUGAUUCUGGGUGCACCUGAGCUGUACCAUUUGGACAAUGAUAAAGCUGUUUACCGUCAACCACCACCAGUGCUACAACAACCAUAUAAAUCGCCAUCGCCGCCGCCGCCACCACCAGUGCUACAACAACCAUAUAAAUCGCCAUCGCCGCCGCCGCCACCACCAGUGCUACAACAACCAUAUAAAUCGCCAUCGCCGCCGCCGCCACCACCAGUGCUAUCGGCCAAACAAUCUACUCCGCCUCCACCGCUAUCAGCUAAAUUAACCACACCACCGCCACAAUUAAUUAAACCUUUUAAUACUGGAGCUGAAUUGUACCAUCUAGACCAGGAGGAUAUUGUAUAUCCGCCAGUGUCUGAAGAGCCGAAACGUGUAGAAUCAUCUUACAAAGCUCCACCACCAGCAUCUGCUCCUAAAUUGACUGCACCGCCGCCUGCCAGUAUCGGACCCGAAUUGUAUCAUCUGAAUAAAGAAGAUACUGUAUACCCAAUAGUGUCUGAAGAACCAAAGCACACUGAACAACCACACAAAUCACCACCACCGCCACCCAUUCAAGCAAUUUCUCCACCACCUCAACAGCUGAUGUCGAAAUUGAAUACGCCACCACUUCAACAACCGGAGUUCUAUCACAUGGAUUUCAACGGAGCAGAUCCAGAACCCAUUCUUUCUGACUCCAAGCCUGUUGAACCGUCUUAUCAUUCACCUUUACCAUCGGCUAAAAAGUCUUCUCCACUACCAGUCGAUGUACCUCCUCUACCAUCUCAAAAUGGACCGGAAUUGUAUCAUAUCAAAGUUGACGUAAGUGACAGUCCGCCAGUUCUUCAAGAACCACCACAUAGAACACCUACUCCACUUCCUACACCAGUGCUUAGUAAACCUACUUCGCCACCACCACGAUCGCCACCACUACCACCACCGCCAACACAGAACAAGCCCGAAUUGUACUACAUAAAACUUGAUGAACGACCUGAAUCGCAAGUAGCACCACCGUCAAAACCGGCAACUCCUAGAGUACCUUCCGGUAAAAAUCGAGUUUCACCUAUGCCUUCUGCAACAUCGCUUAUACCAGGCCCAGAAAUGUAUUAUUUGCAAACAGUUGUUGACGAAAUCAGUCGACCACCAUCAGUUCAUGAAGUCGUUACACCAGAGAAGGCACCUACGCCAAAACCAGCCACACCUCGUCCCAUCCUUACCAAAGCACGAACACCUCCUCCAAGAGUAUCAACACCGCCACGACCACGACGUCGUACACCUACUCCACCACGCCGGCAACGAACACCCACACCCCCUCGGCGACGAUCUCCAGUCGGACGUCCAAUACGCACCGCUGCUCCUCUCGCUCUUCCGAAUCGUAAACCAAAGCGACCUAUUUAUGAUGAUGAUGAUAAUUAUGUAGAUAAUAUUCCAACUAGACGGCCGUCAUUUUCUACAGCGCUUCAAGAUGUAUUAACAUCGGAUCGUACCGUACCUUUAUCAACUUCAAAAGCAUCGGACAGUAUCAUACGAAGUAUGAACAAGUUUCGCUUUCCUGAAGAGUAA